AUGUGACCAUCAGCAUGCAGCAUUAAGCAUAUCAUUCCCCCCUUGUCAUCAUUUCGCGGAAUCCGGAGGUCGAGGAAGGACACAUCGCAGAAGAAUGAGUGUAUACACAAGAUGUGAACCAGGUGUGAGAAUAAUGUGAGCCAAAAUGGCUAAUCUGCCAGAUAAAAACAGACUCCAUCUUCUUUGUAAUAAUGGAAAGCUUAAACAGAUCAAGGACCUACUUGCUAGUGAUCCAAAUGCAACCAAGCUUAUCAAUGAGCCUGCUGGGGUUUUUGGCUUCACUCCUUUACAUGAGGCUGUAAGCAGCAGAAAUGCAGAUAUUCUCAGAGUCUUGCUUACCUAUGGUGGUCAGGUUGAUGCAUUAUCAAAUGGAAGGUAUACACCGUUACAUAUUGCUGCUUCAAUUGGGGAUGUGGAAUGCAUAAGAGUUUUGUUGGACUUCUCAGCCAAUCUUUCUUUGACUGAUGAGUUUGGAAAGAAUCCCUAUGCAACUGCAGAGCUUAAUAGAAGAAGCAAGGCUGCAAGAGUGCUGAAGACAGCAGAAAUUAAAAAGCUUGCCAUGAAUAACAAUCCACAACUCAGGUCUGCAAUAGAUGGUCUGCAGCGUGGCAAGACUGUUGAAGAAAAAUGCUUUGAAGAAGCUUUGGAACUUGCUGUUGAAAACAAUUGUGGUAAAGCAGUUGGUUAUCUGGUACUACACGGUGCAAGGAAUGUGGAGCAGUGCAUGCAAGCGGCUCUUUUGAAGCCUGCUUUAUAUAAAACAGCAGUUUUGCUAUUGCUGUGCUAUGCAGCAAAGACAGAUGACAAACAGUUGGUUACAUAUAUUUGUUCUGAUUUGAAAGAAAAUAAAACAAGUUUAUAUGAUGAAAACAAUGAAUGUGUUUUUAUAAGAAAGUUUUUGCCAGGGGAAUGGAAAUAUAGCAUGACUGGUCACAAGUUAAGUGAACUGCGGAAGGCUGCAAGAAACGUCGAUAUGGCAUUUCCAGUUGCAAUUGCAUUUACCUUGAAUCACUUCCAAGUUUCAAAGAUCAUUUUAUUUGAGAUAUAUUGCAAGGAGGACGAAGGAGAAGCAGACUGGCAUGGACUAGCACUGAGUCAGGUCUUACCAGAAUGGAUCCAGGAAAAGCUCCAUUAUAAAAAACUGAUAUUGUCUCACAACUUGCUCACAGCUGUUCCGAAAAACAUCAACCAGAUGGAAAAUUUGCUGCGCCUUGAUCUCUCGAAAAACAAUAUUUCAGAAGUUGCAAAGGAGAUUUUUGAGCUGAUCCACUUGCGCAAUUUGAAUUUGUCAUCAAAUGAAAUCAAUGUUAUACCAAGGGUUGAUAAUUGGUCGAGAGCAAUGAAAGUUUUGAAUUUGAAUGAAAACAAUUUGAGGUUUUUAGACGAUUCUAUUUCACAGUCUGAACUAGAGUCAUUAAGUAUCGCAGACAACAAUUUAUCACGUGUUCAAAGCUGUAUUUGCAAGAUCAAGACAUUACAAUCCCUUGACAUCAGCCGCAAUAAAAAUAUUACAAUUUUGCCGCCAGAUCUUGCAAAGCUUCCUAAGUUAAAUUAUCUUGGAAUCAAGCAAAUGGACCAGAUAACCGAUCCUCCCUUGGCUUUGAGAGCCACGACAAGCUUGUUGCUACGGCAUUUGAAGGCGCGGCUAAGGAGUUCUGUAGAGUACUACACUAUGAAACUAAUGAUCGUGGGCCUUGCUAAUCGUGGAAAGACCACUCUUAUGCAUCGCAUCAACAAGAAUUUCGCUUUCAAAGAGAACACUUCGACCAAAGGUGUGGACAUUCGAGAUAUUGUGAUUCAAAAAGCUACUUUUAAAUGCUGGGAUUUUGCUGGGCAGGGGGAAUACUAUGCUACUCACCAAUGCUUCUUGUCUCAAAGAUCGCUGUAUAUGCUAGUCUGGAAUCUUUUAGACGGCGAAAGUGGAAUUAGUGGUCUCCGUCCAUGGCUUGCCAAUCUCCAGUUCAGGGUCCCGAAUUCUUCUGUCAUCAUAGUUGGAACCCAUCUUGAUGAAGUCAUGGAGAUGCCGGGUUUCAGCGAAGAGCGCAUCGCUGACAAGGUGUAUGCAAUGGUGAAGAAUUACAGAGAGAUCCACUGCCAAAGAGAGAUGAUUACAGCUGUCACUUGCUGUAUUGAAAAACCUCAUUUAGACGAAUGCAGACGAAGAAUGGAAAAAUUGCGUACUUUGAUUUACAAUGUAGCCAGUCAGUUAACCGUUGACGGUCAAAUAAGCAGUCCUAAAGUUUUAGGAGAGAUGAUUCCAUCCAGCUACUUGACACUUUCAAGGAUGAUAACAGAAAAACAAGCAGAACUGAACAGAGAAGGGCGCCUCCCGCUGUUGAGGAAGUGCCAGUUUGAGAACAUGGUUGCUGAAAACGCAACCAAACACCCGAGUGAUUAUUUUGAUCCCGAAGAUGUCGAACUGGCUACACGAUUCCUGCACGACAUUGGGCUGAUUUUACAUUAUAACGACCCAAAUCAAGAUUUGAGAGACCUGUACUUCAUUAGUCCUUCCUGGUUAUGUGAUCUUAUGGCCAAAAUAGUCACUGUUAAGGAAGCCCAUACUUUUAUUCGAGAUGGCAUACUUCGAGAAGAGGACAUAAAGCAUAUUAUAAAAAACGAAGACAGGAAUUUCCCGCAAGAGUUUUACCCGAAAUAUUUACGUCUGCUGGCCCGUUUCCAAAUUGCAUGUAGAAUAGAUAAGGAGAGAAUCCUUGUGCCAUCGCGACUGCCUGAAAACAUCCCUGCCAAUAUUCCCCCUUUAAAGGUGCCGAAACAAACGAUCCUGCGGCUGCACCACUUCUCGUGUAUACCCCAUGGGUUUUGGAGCCGUUUUAUCAGCAGGUUUUUGCUGUAUCUAAACGACAUGCUUAAUGCUACGAGCCAUCAAAGUAGAGAAAAUGACGAAAGUGUAGGAAAUGAAGGAGAGCAAGUUGAAGAUGAUGAUAUGGAAUGGUGCGAAGAAAAAUGGGAAAAGGAAUCAAACGCCUGGAAAGAGAGCCCUGUUCCCAACGGAACAGAGAAAAGCCCUAGUCCGGAAAGCCCUAGUCCGGAAAGCCCUAGUCACGAAAAAAGUAGCGCAGCACAGGAGCCCAGUCAACCAGCUACAGAAAAGGAAGACGAUGACGUCAAUAUAAACACUGGUAAAGUAGAUGCAAGUUUUCUAAUUAAUGGGGUUCGCUUAGAGGACAAUGAAGAUUCUUGUCGUGCUUCCUCUACCUCUUUCUGGCAAGAUUCAAGAGAAGCUACGCCUAUUUCUGUUGGUGAUUCAUCUGUUUACAGUCAGACAUCACCCACUAGCUGGGAUCAAUCUAGAACGAGCUCGUCGCAAGAUUUCAAAAUUUCUCAUGGUCAAAAGUCAGAGGAUGAGGGAAGUGUUGCCUCGACCUCCAGCAUUUCAUCAGAGGACUCACGAGCUCAACAAGGAGCCAGCUAUGGAGCAACAUUUCAUGAACAGCAAUGGGAGUCUUAUGACCCAGAGGACGAUCAUUUCUUUGAAGCUGUGGAUAUCUCAACUCUUAUUGAUCGAAAGCAAUUGAUUUGUUGGAGGUAUGGAGUAAUAUUCAACCACCCAAAGCUGUUUUUGUCUGUUAUGUUAAAAGAGGAUGUGGAUGAUCGUUGGAUUGUCGAAACUAAAGUUUGCAAAUCAUUGUUAGGAUACAGAGCUCUGGCAUUCACAGUGGAUCACAUUAGAACACUGAUCAAAGAAUGGUUUCCUGGCUUAGAGGGUACCGAUGGUUUUAAUCCAUAUGUCCAACAGCUGGCACCUUGCCCAGUGUGUAUCAGCUGUGGCAUUAAUCCACCGUAUGAAUUUGAAGUAACCGAAUGUUUGAAAGAGUCCUUCAGUAAAGAAUUUUUGCUCUGUGACAAUAGCCACAUUCCUCGUGUCGUAGAACUAAGUGUAUUGUGUCCUGACUUAUUGUUUAUGGAUUUGGAGCCAUCAAUGCAGGUGGCAAGAAACGACUUGAUGUUCUUGGAGGCAGAUGACAACUUGCUUGGGCAAGGUCAAUUUGGAAAAGUGUAUAGAGGAGCAUACAAGGAUAAUCUAGCAGCCGUAAAGCUGUUCAAUUUCAAAGUGGAAAUCAAUCCUGAUCUGGUUGAGGCCCUCGAUCACUUCUAUGAGGUGCGUCAAGAGGCAGUUGUGCUGAGUCGAGUUGGACGCCAUCCGUAUAUAAUUACCUUUUACGGAGUUUCUGUACGCCCUAAAUUAUGUCUUGCUAUAGAAUUAGCAACUAGGGGAACACUGAAAGACGUGCUAAGAAACCCCUAUCACGUAAUCGAUAGAAUUGUUAUUUAUCGUAUUGCACAACAAACAGCUAGUGCGAUUUCCUACUUACAUUCUAUGGGAAUCAUUCACAGAGACUUGAAGUCAGACAAUGUUUUGCUGUUUUCUUUGGAGCCGGAUAGCGACAUCAAUAUUAAGCUUGCUGAUUUUGGAACCGCCAAUUUCAUCUCUCCAGUCGGCCUCAAGUUCUUCACAGGCACUCCUGGAUUCAUUGCCCCAGAGAUUUUUGAAUAUUCCAAAACGGAAGAAUAUGAUAGUAAAGUUGAUGUGUUUUCAUAUGCUAUGGUUCUAUAUGAACUGAUAUCCAGACGAAGGCCAUUUUAUGACUGUGACAGUGCUAUUGAGGUAAACAAUUCCCUCAAAGAGGGUAAGCGCCCUCGCUUCUACAACAUAGAGAAUACUAAGUACUCAUUGUUAACACUGACAGCAUUGAUGAUCAAAACAUGGGCACAGGAAGCUGUGAAACGUCCAUCCUCUUUGGACAUUACCCGACAGCUGAAAUCACCUAGCUUCUGUUUGCUUUAUGGCAAGGCCCCACUUAGAGAUGUUAACACUCCACGGCUUUUGUGCUGCAUCAAAAGCAGGGGUGAGCUCUGGAUUACCUGUGAUGAUAGGGCUGGUGCUUCUAUUCUAAUUGUUAACAUAGAGACCACAGAUAUCAAACAGAAAUUUGUUCCAGAAAACAAAUGCUUAGCCAAAGCAAAGGAAUCAUUUUUCAACAUUUCAUCAAUUUAUGAAAUCGACAAAGAACACGUGGCCAUUAUCCUGCGAAGCACCUCUGACUACGUGUCGGUCUAUUCAUCUGAAAGAAGGAAGCUUGUAUCGUCUUUCCCGUUUCUCAAUAACUAUAUCCGUUCUCUGGCGGUGCAUAGUAGCUUCGUGAUCAUUGGUCGAGAAGAUGGUGCGUUUGAAAGAGUUGACAAAAAGGACUUUCUAAAGGGAAAGUGGAAGGACAAGGCGACGGUUACCGUGAAUGCAAAACGAACUAUAUCUGCUGUUACAAUAAGUGAGGUAGAGACACAGGAAGACAAUGGAUUGCUGGUAAAGUUGCUUCUUGGUUGUGACAAGUAUGUUUACAAGUAUCCGCUAAUUUUUGACGUUCCAAGUGAAGUGAAGCUUGAGGGAAUGAGGCAUGGAAACGAAAAAAAUCAUGUAUCCCAGCUGAAUGUCUCUGAAGAUGGCAGGCUUUUAUUUGUUGCUUGCAGUGGCAGCUCCGUUGUGAGCAUAUACACGGUCGAGACGCUUAACGUGGUAGGCGAUGUUGAUUGUGCCAAAGAGAUACAAAAACUCAAACCAGGCAGUGAUUGUUAUGACCAGCGAGUCACAUGUUUCUGUGUGAAUUAUGACACCCUGUGGAUUGGUACUGGGAGUGGCCAUAUCCUGAUCUAUGAAGUUUAUGACGACAGAGAUCCCUCUCUGAUCACGUGGCUGAAGCCGUACAAACUUGAGAUCCGAUCGUUGGUAUCUUGCCCAAAUCUAGGGAGAACCCCUUCACGUUUUAUCGUUACCAUUGGCAAGGAAUUGAAUCCAUCUGCUUUGUGCUAUGGUGAAAAUGGACUGUGUCUUCUGACUGGAGCGAUGCCAGUCGACCCAUGUGACCCUUCAUUAACUCAGAAGUCAUCAAAUACAUCUGAUAAACGGAGGACAGUCAACAAGCAUCUUGGAGAAUUUGAUAAGCAGAUGUUGCUCAUAUGGGAUGGUGUUAAAGCAGCUGUUUUGAGACAGGUGGUUGGAGUUAAUUAAGGUUCAAUGAAGUUGCAGAUUAGAACCAAAACAGUUGCAGAGGAUAAUGACGUAAAGCACGAUUGCUAAACAUAUUAACAAGACAUGUAUAGAUAUUAUUCUAAUUAUAGAUAGUAGCAAUUAAAAAUUCUAAGUCAUCAGUUUAUGAUUAAUUGUCGAUUAUGUGCUUCGAGAGAUUAUAUUUUUAUACAGUUUUUAUGAAAUGUGAUUUUAUAGUUUGACAAUAUACAGUUAAAUGUUUAGAAAGUUGUAUUUACAGCGUUCUCGUUAGGCGGUCUAGUUAUUUCAAAAGAAUACAUAUUAGAUUUCCUCUAAUAUCAAAUUUAACUUUAAUGCUCAAUUUGGGUCAAACAUUUUACAAAAAGUUUCUAUCGCCAGACAAUAUUCGCAUCUGUUUAUCAUAUUUUCCUACAGGUUUUGCAUUAAUUCAGUUUUUUGACCGUAAGUUUGUUACAGUUCUUCGUAGUUUGUUUUUAAAGGAAUAAUGGUCCAAUUUUAUAUUUGUCAUUUUAAUUUCAAUUAAUAUUAUAACAUGAUAUGAAUUGCAUCAGUCACAUGCACUUAUUUGUUAUUUGACUUCUUAUGUUAGUUUGAAUACGCCAGCUGCAACCAUGAUAAUUUUAGAUUUGCAUAGUUUGUGAAGUUCAGCUUUUUCUAGUUGAACGGAUUCCAAGCAAGCUUUUUUGUAUUUCUCAUCAAUUCUCGGGCUUUGAACUGGAUAAAUCAUGUCACCCUUGUCUGAUUGACGUCCUUUGGAUAUGUUUACCAACCGCCAAUGGAACAGGAAGAAUUAGGGGUUUUGUAAGAACCUCUUUUCAAGAUCAUAACCAGAGAAUUUAUUAACAUUGUGACCAGGGGGGAUACCCAUUUUUAAUAUUUAGCCGUAAGUUUUUUCUUUUAAAAUUAGCAAAUUUACAUUUUUGGGGUCUUUUGGGGUUCCAAAGAGACGGUCAAGCUUUGCAUGACCGUAGACAUUAUUAAAUCAUAGGGAUUUUUGGUCCUCAAAAUGGUUGUGCAUUUGUUUCUGUAAUUAUCUCUGAGUUGAUACAGCUAGAGAUCAAUUUUAUAGAUAAUAUCUCUUUCACGAUAUAGAAGCAUCAAGAGAUUGAGCCUUUCAUCUUUGUUCUCGAUCGAAAGAAAAUUUUAAACAAUUUUUCAGAGGGCCAAAUGUCCUUUCGUAUUUAACAAUUCAACAAUAGGGGGAUUCGAGAGUAAGUGCAUAUGCCCGAUUCGUAAGAUGAAGCACUUUUAUUUGGUCAAUUUCUUCUACUGCAGCUUCUGCAAUGUUUUCUGGCUUCUCAGCAGCUUUAUAAUAAGAGGUUAAGGACGUUUACAAAUAACAGGGGGAGCUUAGCAUACACGUUUUUUUCAAGAAGGGCUGAAAAAAAUUCCCAUUUUAAUGUUUUAUGAUGAAUACGGGGUAUUAUUUUCAAAAUUGAAGCACAAUACUGAGUCUAUGAAGUUUCAAGUUUCUUAUCCAGAAAUUCGCCUUGCCUGUUCAAAAUAAUCUAAUUCAAUUUAACUCCCGUUCAAAAGAAAACAAGUGGUGCAAUUUGAGAUCCAGCGGAGACAGGGUUUCACAAUAGAAAACGAUUAGUGAAUGGGUCUCCUCCAGCCUGUGAGUUUUUACAAUUUAAGGUUUAAAAUUCCAGAGUUCCUAAAA